AUGACACAAGCUAAACCACUCCACUAUGAAGAAGGCAAUAUUAAACGAUUGAAUAAAGAAAUCUCCACCGCCCUAUUUAUAGGAGGAGUCAAAGGUCUAGUAUUUGGAUUGGGAUCAUUCUUCGCAGUGUCAAUGGCAUACCCUAGUUUCAGAAGAUCCAGGCUCCCAGUGAAGGCGUUUUGGUUUGUGUGCUGGAUUGGUGCGGGCGCUGUCUUUGAUGCCGAUAAGCAAGUGGUGGUUUAUUCGACCAAAUACAAGAUCGAAAAGGAGAGACGAGAUCAAAUGAUCUUGGAGCAAGCAGCAGACAAUGGUGAAUAUAUAGAUUCUCUAUGA